UGGGAAACCAACAGAACCUAGCACUGGGAAACCAACAGAACCUAGCACAGCAAAACCAACAACUGCUAAGACCCAAGGACCAACAAACACUCCAGCACCAACUCACCCAACAGAUCAGAACGGUUGUUCCUCGAGCCCUUGUAUGAAUGGUGCUAGUUGUGAGCCUAGAAGAGGUUUGUUUAUGACUCAAGAUGGCAGAGACUUCGAUUGCACUUGUCCUGAUGAAUUUGAGGGUGACUUCUGUGAAAAGAAGAAAACUGACUGCAAUUUGGUCGAAUGUCCUGUAUUUAAAUGCAAAGAGGGUGUAACUUUGUUCACACCACCCGGGGAAUGUUGCCCGCGUUGUGGAGAAGAUUGCAGUGCUGUUCGCUGUGCCAAUGUAGAAAAGUGUGACGAUGGAUCUCUACCUCUUGUACCACCAGGAAGAUGUUGUCCCCAGUGUCCUACUCCUGCGACACCUACACCACCUCCACCAGCAUUUUGUGUUUAUGAAGGAAGGCGGUAUCCCUUCGGAGAUUUUAAGACUAGAAAUCCAUGUUUACAUUGCUCUUGUAUGGAAGAGGGGGUAAUGUGUUACUCAAUUACGUGCGACGUGCCCGAGUGUGCAGACAACACACAGCCUAUAGUAAAGGAUGGCGAAUGUUGUCCUAGUUGUCCAGAUAAACCAGACUCUAUGAAGCUGCAAGUGACUGGGAACCUUGUUAAUUCAAUGACAGGAAUGGGAAUGCCAAAUGUACCAGUCUCAUUGGGAAGGAUGGAAAUGGGAGGUGGUCAUACCUUAAUGGGUAUGGGGAACACUGAUGACAUGGGAUAUGUUACUACUUUACGGACAAAGGAGCCAUUGGAGAGGGGCAGAGACUAUUUCCUGUAUUUCAGCACUGAGUAUUCCUUUGAAUAUGUACAGUACCCUUUUAUACAGGUGUUUUUCCGACAUACUGGCCAGAAGGACAUGUACCACUUUACGGUUGU